AUGUUUGUCACAGCCGGAAGCGUAGACAUCCCUCGUCCAAACUCUCUCCUCCAGUGGAUCGGUGUUAUGAUCAGUCGUCUUCCGGAGGUAGAAACAAUAAAGGUCAUUAACGAAGCUCUCAGAUCAGACUGCCUCCAGAAUGUCGGCAAUAUUUCCUUACAGACGGAAAUGGAACUAAUCUGGCACUACACCAACGAAACCAACGGUUUUCUAUCCUCUUUUGAAUUGUGCCGUUUGAUGGAGAUGGAAAUAGAUGGACUGAUUAGCGUGCUGGAUUGUCGCUCCCAGCUAUUCGUGGCUGAUCAGGCAGACGUGCUAAAGCUGCCACAUGUCCUCGUGUCCAGGGAAACGUGUUACUGCAGAGAAGACACACCAUACGUUCGCAAUGUUAACCCCAGUCAUAGCACAAAGGCCGCUCUGCUGAAGGACCUUAUAGUCUACACAAAAUGGUUCCAUUUUGUCUUCAUAUUCGACGAAUCUAUCGGAAUUCCUGAGAGACGAGACGCAUUAUUUGCUUUGUCGGAAAUCCAGGUGGAAUCAACAAUUAUUGUUAUCAACUCAACAGCACACGGCAGUGAAGUAUACCGCAAACUUGACAAUGUGAAGAAAGACCGGGUGACACAGUUCGUUGUAUGGGCACUGAAGUCUACGUGUCAGAAUGUCUUCUCAGCAGCUUCUACCCUGAAGAUGAUCACUCCGGAGUACUACUGGAUCAUGUUUCAGCCGGACACCUUACCCUUCCCAUCCCAGCAGCUGUUCCUAGGUCACAGUCCGUCAAAUGCCGUUGUGAUUAGUCGGGUGUCCCUCUACCCGUCACACCAGAGCUGCCUGGGGUGGGGACAGGAAAUAAAACGGGGACUUUUGUCGGACAUAGUGGAUGCCAUCCUGAUGCUGUCAGCGUCAUUCCGCCUGCAUGCUGUCAGCGUGACGCGCCGGAAGUGUGCUCAUGGGGUAGAGACAAGCGGCGAGGAAUAUGCUUUUUCGGGUUUUCCUACUGAAGGAGCCUCUCGGUGGACGCAAUAUGAUUUACACAGCGUGACCAGUCAUCCGUUUGUCCAACUAGUCUCCGUCGCAAAAUGGCGCGAGGGUACCGGUCUCUCAAUCCACAGCCAAGUCGGCUUAUUUGUGAAUAAAUUUAGAGAUUUCAAACAGCAGCUGAUCCGCGUCACCGCUAAGCAGGAAGUGGCGAUGGCAAUCGGCCCAUUCUCUAUCACCGCUCUCAGAGACACCGUCAUAGACUACACCAAGCCGUAUAUGGAUGACAGUAUUGGCAUCCUGACACGAAAGCCCCAGCGAGGGGCCAACCUGUUCCAGAUGAUGCGACCGUUCUCCACGAAUGUCUGGGUGUGUAUUGUGGUGGUUAUCUUGCUGGGUGCAGUGCUGCUUACCGUCAUCAACCGCCUCACGCCGUAUGGGAAAAGACAUCCCGGGGACCAAGACUUCGUGGUGGAUGAGCACUCGUUCUCACAGAAUCUCUGGAUUAUAUACAUGUCUGUGGUGGAACAAGGAGCCGUCUAUAUCCCUGCCGCCAACUCUUCUCGAUGUAUCCUUGGCUUUUGGUGGAUCUUCACCAUUCUCAUUAUCGCGACGUAUACCGCAAACCUGGCCGCCUUUCUCACAGUGGCCGAUCCUCCGCCAGCCAUUAACACACUGGCUCAACUUCUACAACAGAAGGACCUCGGCGUCCUUGUACAAGACGGCAGUAAUCUAUGGUCCAUGUUUAAAGACUCUAAGACCGACAUUUAUCAGGAGAUGUGGAAGCGACUACAAGGGUCUCCCUCAGUAGACGGGCUGGACGCUGCUCUACCGUACGUCCGCACAGGUAAGUACGCCUAUGUCGGGGACAGGUCCACCCUGGAGUAUGUGGCUGCCCAGGAGUGUCACACCUUCGUGAUGGCAGAGGAGAGCUUCAAUGCCGGAACCUACGGGCUAGUCAUGACGGAGGAUUCGCCCUUCAAGGAGGCCAUGGAUUACUUUAUAAUGAAAAUGCUAGAAGCUGGUCUGCUGACGAACUGGAGACAGAAAUGGUGGGCAAGGGCAGACAACUGCACCUCAAAGUCACGCACCGGUUCGGCUUCCGGUCUCAGCCUUGACACUCUCGGUGGUGUGUUCAUAGUGUACCUCGCCUGUGCCGGGUUGGCGGUCAUCAUUUUAUUAGUGUCCAUCAUUGGUAGCUCCAAAUGCGGAGGUACUCAAAACAGAAACUGUGCAAGAAAAAAAGAUGAUCAUCAGAAUAUAGCCCAUCAAAAUGGCGGGCAAACUGCAAUAUGA